AUGGAGAGGCGGAGGUUGGAGCUUUCAGGGAGGGCACGAGGAGAGAGUGACAUGUGGGCCCCACCUUAUCCCGAUUCUCUAGUUCGUGCUGUACGCCCGCACCACCUCCUUGCGAAGUUGCGGCGACACAUUUUUUGGAUUGAUCUUGAUCAGCUCUGCAGAAUUUUGCCUGCGUGCACCGUCGGUUCGGCCAACCAACCUGGGCCUGCCACGUCUAUUCGCGCCCCCUCCGGGGUCGGAAGGUCAAAAAGCGGCGAAGGGUUCCAACUUGCGCCGGCAGGGUGGGCCGGUGGGGCCGUCAGCCCCACGCGGCGCCAACACGUAGAGAUCCGGCGUGGCGCGUGCGUGCGUCUCCAUCUCUGCCCCUCAGCUCGGGCCGACAAAAAGGCAACGCGGAGUGGGAGGAGCAGGAGAGCUCGAGGGAAGAAGAAGAAGAGGAGGAGGAAGAAGGCCCCCUCAAACCCAAAAGCGUCGCCCAGCUUCCGUCGGCCGGAGGGAGGUUUCAAUUGCGACGUCAAUUCACAACAAAUCCAGCAUAAGCCAAUGUCUGACAACAGUAUUCAGCGAGCAUUGCUAUCUGAUAACCCCGAUGCCAAUGUGCUCCAAAGAAAGCCGUCGCAAGGAGCCAAGCGGUUCCGGAGAUGCAGGUCGGCUCCCAGAUCAGAGACCGAUGAAAAACCACAAGAAAAUGGCUUGUCGCUUCCAGCCAAGGAGUUGUUCAGCGUGGUGCGGCCGAGCUUCAGACUAGUAGGGUUCCUCCUAUUUCUCUACCUGCUAGCGGGCGUCGUCAUCUUUUACCUUGUCAUGGAUCAGUUAUCUGGCAAGAGAACCAACAGAGUGCUUGACGCACUGUACUUCUGCAUUGUCACGAUGACAUCGGUUGGCUAUGGAGACCUUGUUCCUAACACAGACACGACGAAGCUGCUCGCCUGUGUUUUCGUCUUCACGGGCAUGGCGAUCAUUGCUCUCUUCGUGAGCAAGUCAGCAGAUUACCUCGUCGAGAAGCAGGAGGUGUUGUUCUUCAAGGCACUGCACAUGAAUAUGAAGUGUGGCGAGGCCAAAAUGCUCAGGCAAAUUGAGACAAACAAGACAAAGUACAAAUUCUACACAGCCGCUCUGCUUCUUGUGACGGCCAUUGUUGUGGGGACUGUUUUUCUCUGGAAGGUUGAGAAGUUGAGCCUUGUUGACUCCUUUUAUUGUGUCUGUGCCACAAUCACUACCCUGGGUUAUGGGGAUAAAAGCUUCUCGUCCCAAUUGGGGCGCACUUUCGCGGUAUUUUGGAUAAUUACGAGCACCAUAAUUCUGGCGCUGUUCUUCAUGUACCUUGCUGAGAUCUACACCGAGCGGCGGCAGAAAAUGCUGGCCAAAUGGGUUCUCACACGGAGAGUAACAACCAUGGAUCUUGAAGCGGCUGAUCUGGAUAGUGAUCGAAAAGUGGGUGCUGCUGAAUUUGUCGUGUACAAGCUCAAAGAACUGGGGAAGAUCAGCCAAGAGGACAUAUCUUCUUUUCUAGAGGAGUUUGACAAACUCGACGUUGACCAGUCCGGCACGCUCUCCACAUAUGACCUUACUCAGGCACAAUCCGGUCAGUGA